UUUCAAGUUGCCGGAGUAGUCACAUGUCUCCGACUUAAGUCCGGAACUUAAGCCUUCAGGAUCAUGCUGCCUCUUCGAUAAUGCAUAGAAUAGUUGUGCCCAAGCAGUCUUCCGCUCAUCGUUUCGCAACUUUGGCACUCUAUCGAGCGCUUCUCCGACAAUGCGCCAAACUACCACAGUGUCCCUCCGAACUCGCUGCGUGCAAGCCAUACAUCCAGAAUAGAUUCAACAGAUACAAAACGCUUCAGAGUCCAUCUCAAACAGCCAAUUCCCUGAAGGCAGGCUACGAGGCUCUUGACCUAUUGUACUCAGCGUCGCAAGGCGACCAGAAUGGUGUUCAACGGAUAAGGAAGCUCAUAUCGGAGAGCGAAUCGUCAAAGCGACAAAAAUCCGAAUGGCACAAGGAACGAGCUAAGGUUAUUCCGGUAAAGCCCGUGAGCCGGAAGGAGCUGAAGAAAGAGGCAAACAAACGGUACCGAGUAUUGACUGCGAAACGGCAUCCGGAUGCUACCUCUAUUCUUGCACGUCCUCGGCCUGUGGUCAAUGGGAAGCGUCGAGUUCCUGUACUCGUGAAUGCGCGUGGUUUCCCAUUUCUACUCAUCAAGAAGCCCCAGCCCAAGUUCCUUAGCGCCGUAUUGGACUCGAAACUCAAAAGACGCUGGAAGAGGAUGGAGCGCCUAAAAAGGCUCGAGUCUGAACUGCCGAUGGCCAGGGAUGAGGAUGAAUGGGACUUAUUAACUGGUCAUAAAGAAGAAGCAAGGUGGUCUGGGCCUGUUAGAGCAUCACUCAAAGAGGUACAAGGACAAAUAUCAGAAGGCGAUCGGAAGACCAAGGAACUGGCACAAGCUAUGUGGAAAGUCGUCCUUGAGGAGCGCAAAUUGGCGGAACAAGAGGAAAAGCAACGGGUUGAACAAGCCAAGCAAUCAGCGGAAGAGAAAGAGAAUCUACCAACAGGGGAGCAGGAUAAGAAACAGUCGAGUGACGGAUGAAUCGAAUGCUGGAAGAAAUAUACUGUUACAGCCGCCCAAAGCUUACGCUUGUUAGUUUCUGACCAGCACUCUGUCCUUGUGGGUUCAAAGCCGUCACAUCAAGCCACCACGCUGCCAGUACGGUGCCAUUAUCAGAUCUCUCCGGCACCCACAAUGAGAGCUAAAUUCGGCGUAUUGACUGCCGUUCAUG